AUGGAUGACUCAUCCAUGGCCAAAAACAUCCUAUCGCCACUCGAAAGUCAGGCUCAAAAGGAACAUCAAAUUAAGCUUGAUACUGGUACCAAGGUCAAGGAGGCAAAUGGAAGGUCCGCUGCUGCAAGGAUUGUUGGGAAGAAGGUUAAUGCACUUCUUCGUAUCAAUACAGAUGUGGAUCCUCAGGUUCAUCCUUAUGUUGCCACCGGUAACAAGAACUCCAAAUUUGGUAUCAGAAAUGAGAAGUUGCAAUGGUUUCUAGAUGUUGUGAAGGCAUAUUCUAAUGAAUCGAAGCUUGUGGGGGCCCAUUGUCAUAUUGGUUCUACCAUUACCAAGGUAGACAUUUUCAAAGAUGCUGCGGUAAUAAUGGUGACCUACGUUGACCAAAUUCGAGCCCAAGGCUUUGAAAUUGAUUACUUUAACAUAGGAGGUGGUCUGGGGAUUGAUUAUUAUCAUACUGGAGCCAUCCUUCCCACCCCUAGAGAUCUUAUUGACACUGUCAGAGAGCUGGUGCUUUCACGUAAUCUCAAUCUCAUCAUGAACCUGGGAGAUCACUUAUUGCAAAUACUUGCUCACAUAGAGCUGGUUUCUCCUUCACAACCUGAUGAUGAGAUUUCUACUUUUGAUGUUGUGGGUCCGGUCUUCUAA